AUGAACUUCUUCACCGUUUUCGAAGGGUUCGGAGUUUUGUACAACAUAAGAAUUGACGCUGAGAAAAUGCGAGAACUCUAUGGAAGUCACGGUGAAAGAACGAGAACGAAUGAAAGAACGAUGAAGGAUUUUUUGUUAUGGGACCACUUUUAUUUCCAACAGCACUAUCUCAAAAAAUUUGUGCUGCCAUCAAUACAGGAUGAGUUUGACGAAAGUCAUGUCAUGCGGUGAGUCGGAUUAGGAAUGACGAAAAUUGCAGCUCGAAGGCCCACUCUAAUCUUAUGGUCAGGUUUGUUUAACGCACCCGAUAUAGAUGUUCCACAGGCGUGAGAAAAGCACCACCAUUGAUAUGCACUAACCCCAACUGAUUGCACCCACCCAAGUGACACUAUGCACAGCUUCAAGAUGCUUUCGGGCUGAUCUAAUUUUCUACGGGCUGAUCCACUUGCCACCCACGGUUACACCCACUCACCUCACCCCACUGAAAUUUACUCAGCUCACACCGACCUGCCUAAAAACUCACUCUAAUUUCAUCCAGACCUGUGAGCCUUCGCGGGUAUAGCUCCAUACCAGAGGAAGAGGAGGUCUUGCUUCCCCCAGGCUGUACUUUUCGGGUGAUAGGGAGUCCUGUCCAUCGCCAUUUGCGAUUCUACGAAGUCACUUUAGAGUUGUGGAAAUUACCGGAGUCGUGAAUUCCUUGAAGAGAAUCUUGAGAGUUGUCUUGCACUCCGUGAACCUUGGCACGAAGUAAUCGUUUGAGAAAUAAGUUUUGGAUUUUUGUAGAAGGUAUGAGCGAGGGAACCUAUUCUUGUGUGGCUCGCGUUGAAGCUUUUUAAGAUGGUGUCAUACUCAACAACCAGUCUUCGAAAUUUUCGAUUCUCCAGUAUUGGCAGAAAUAGGUUUCUCCUGCUAAACGUGUGCAUUUGAUUAAACAAGGCUAUAAAUGUGUGAACAAUGUUGACUUUGACGCAACGUCCAGCAUGUGGG